AUGGACUUACUUGUCAAACUUUUACCGCCUCAUGAACAAGAGCAUACUACUAGGAAUCUUAAAGUUUUUAUUGAGCAACCUUUGGGCCAAAUGAAUGCAACAAGAUCCUCAUACUCCGACAAUAUUUUAUCACAGAUCAGACAGGCAUUUGUUAUGACAAAUCAAACUCAACAUUGUCAAGGUCCAUCAGAAUCAUUGUGCAUCAAUAAUGGUCCGGGAUAA